CCCGCAGUUAGCGGCGUUACUGGUAACGGUGGGAAGUUACCGGGCUGGCGGGGAGCGGCGGCAUCCCUCGGCGCGGUGGGAGAAAGGGACCGGCGGGCCGGCGGGCUGCCCGGGCUCCGGUUCGCCGGUGGGAACCGGGGUCCCCGCGCCUCUCGGAGCCGAGCCCGGCCGCGCUGCCUCCCGCCGAGGCGGCCGGCGGUUCCUGCGGCGAGCUCCGUGCUCGCACCGGAGCCCAACAUGGCUGCUGUAGUGAAGGUAUUUGAUUCACACGAGGGUGUAGGCGAGGGGAAGAAGGGGCGACGAGAGGCGCCGGGGCCGGAGCCAGUGCCCGUAGCCACCGGGGCGAGGGGUGCAGGCGAGAGACCCCCCGGUAAGUGGCGGGGAGGCGCGAGGCCGGGCGGGCCCCGUAGAGCCCCCGCCGCGGACACGCGUGGGGCGGCCGCCUUUCCCGUGUGGGCGCUGCCAAGCCGCCCCCGCCGCACCCGGGGCAGGGAGCCGUGGGUAGCGGAGACCGGCAACCGGUGGGGGCGAACCGGGCCGCUGCGGCCCGCCCGGGCCCUGCGCGUAGGCUACCGGGCCCGGGGGCGGCGGGGGCCCGGGGCUGGCGCGGAUGCUACGCCCCGACCCGCCGGUGCCCGGAGCGGCCCUUCCUCCAGCCGGGCCCGGGCUGCAGGGUGGUCCCGGGGCGGCGGCGAAUCUCCGCCGGUCCCGUUCGUUCCCUCGGCGGAGCUGCGGGGCCGCGGUCGUUGCUGGGGUUUUUACCCUUUGGGGAAGGACAGCGGCCGGGCUCACCCAAGGAACGAGCGGUUCGGUAACGGGACCCACCAGGACGGCGGAGCGAGGCCGGGACCGGCGGUGCCCCGGGCGCUGUGGACGGCAGCGGGGCCGAGCCCGCCGGGGCCGCCGCCGCCCGGGGCCGGGCGGGAGAAGCAUUUCGGAGCCCGGCUGCGGAGUGGCGGCUUGGGAAGAGAAGGACGGAGCAGGCACGACCCCGCACGGCCCCGGGGCGCGGCGGCGGCGGUUCAGCACCACGGAGAGCGGCGGUGCCGGUGCCGGUGCCCGGUGCCCGGUGCCGGCGGGAGGCUGCUCGGCCCGCGCCCCGCCAUGCUGCAGCCCCGCUGGGGGGGGGGGGGGGGAGGAGGGGGGGGCGCCUCUGACAAAAGGUGCCCUGCCCCGGGAGUCUCCGGUGCGGGGCAGAAAGCCCCCUUGCUCCCGGGGAGCUCCCAGUGCUUGCGGAUUGGCAUCUCCGCAAGUGCCGCCGUGCGUGGCUCCCGGCCCCUUCAAAGGCAGAUAUUCAUAUAUAUUAUAUAUUCGAUAGAUGGAGCGCGGUGA